UCCGCGGCAGCGGGGAGGGCAGGUGAACUCCGGGGAAGGAUGACCGGCGUGGCCGCGAUCGUCUUUUUCCUGCAGCUCUUGCCCAGGGCGGACGGACAGGUCUUCCCAGGUGGUUGUUCAUUUGAUGAGCACUACAGUAACUGUGGUUAUAGCGUCGCCUUGGGAACCAAUGGAUUUACCUGGGAGCAGAUCAACACCUGGGAAAAGCCAACAAUGGAUCCUGCUGUCCCAACUGGCUCCUUCAUGAUGGUGAACAGCUCUGGGCGAGCAUCGGGGCAGAAAGCUCACCUGCUGCUGCCCACGCUGAAGGAGAAUGACACGCACUGCAUCGACUUCCACUAUUACCUGUCCAGCCGCGACCGCUCCAGCCCCGGCUCCCUCAACGUCUACGUCAAGGUCAACGGGGGCCCCCAGGGCAACCCCAUCUGGAACGUGUCAGGAGUGGUGACCGAAGGCUGGGUGAAGGCAGAGCUGGCCAUCAGCACCUUCUGGCCACAUUUUUACCAGGUGAUAUUUGAAUCUGUCUCUUUGAAAGGACACCCUGGGUACAUAGCUGUGGAUGAAGUCAGAGUCCUCGCCCAUCCCUGCAGAAAAGCCCCGCAUUUCCUGCGGCUGCAGAACGUGGAGGUGAAUGUGGGGCAGAACGCCACCUUCCAGUGCAUCGCCGGCGGGAAGUGGUCACAGCACGACAAGCUCUGGCUCCAGCAGUGGAACGGGAGGGACACAGCCCUGAUGGUCACUCGAGUGGUCAACCACAGGCGCUUCUCAGCCACGGUCAGCGUGGCCGACACGUCGCAGCGCAGCAUCAGCAAGUACCGCUGCGUCAUCCGCUCCGACGGCGGCUCCGGCGUCUCCAACUACGCCGAGCUCAUCGUCAAAGAGCCUCCCACGCCGAUCGCCCCCCCGGAGCUGCUGGCCGUGGGAGCCACGUACCUGUGGAUCAAACCCAACGCCAACUCCAUCAUCGGGGACGGGCCCAUCAUCCUCAAGGAGGUGGAGUACAGGACCACCACGGGCAACUGGGCAGAGACCCACAUCGUGGACUCCCCCAACUACAAGCUGUGGCACCUGGACCCCGACGUGGAGUACGAGAUCCGGGUGCUGCUGACGCGCCCCGGGGAAGGGGGCACGGGGCCCCCCGGGCCCCCCCUGACCACCAGGACCAAGUGUGCAGACCCCGUGCACGGGCCGCAGAACGUGGAGGUGGUGGACAUCCGCUCGCGGCAGCUGACGCUGCAGUGGGAGCCCUUCGGCUACGCCGUGACGCGCUGCCACAGCUACAACCUCACCGUGCACUACCAGUACGUCUUCAACCAGCAGAAAUUCGAGGCAGAGGAGCUCAUCCAAACUUCUUCUCACUACACCCUGCGAGGGCUCCGGCCCUUCAUGACCAUCAGGCUGAGGUUGGCUCUCUCCAACCCUGAGGGCAGAAUGGAAAGCGAGGAGCUGGUGGUGCAAACUGAGGAGGAUGUUCCUGGACCCGUUCCCUUGGAAUCUAUCCAAGGAGGACCUUUUGAAGAGAAGAUCUACGUUCAGUGGAAGCCUCCAAAUGAGACAAAUGGCAUCAUUACACUCUAUGAGAUCACAUACAAGGCCGUUGGGUCUCUGGAUCCCAGUGCUGACCUGUCCAGCCAAAGAGGGAAAGUCUUCAAGCUGCGGAAUGAAACCCAUCACCUUUUUGUGGGAUUGUACCCAGGCACCACCUACUCCUUCACCAUCAAAGCCAGCACAGUCAAGGGCUUUGGGCCACCCAUCACCACCCGGAUAGCAACCAAGAUUUCAGCUCCGUCCAUGCCGGAGUACGACACGGACUCUCCCCUCAAUGAGACUGACACCACCAUCACCGUCAUGCUGAAGCCUGCUCAGUCCCGGGGAGCACCUGUCAGUGUCUACCAGCUCGUUGUCAAGGAGGAGAAGCUGCAGAAAGCCCGGAGAGCUGCAGACAUCAUCGAGUGCUUCUCUGUGCCAGUGAGCUACAAGAAUGCCUCCAGUCUGGACUCCCCACACUACUUUGCAGCUGAGCUGAAGCCCAUCAACCUUCCUGUCACACAGCCCUUCACCGUGGGUGACAACAAGACCUACAAUGGCUACUGGAAUGCUCCUCUUUCCCCCCUGAAAAGCUACAGCAUAUACUUCCAGGCUCUUAGCAAGGCCAAUGGAGAAACAAAAAUCAACUGUGUCCGGCUGGCAACAAAAGGAGCUUCCACCCAGAAUUCCAAUGCAGUGGAACCUGAAAAGCAAGUUGACAGCACAGUGAAAAUGGCUGGAGUUAUAGCUGGUCUCCUGAUGUUUGUUAUUAUCCUCUUGGGAGCAAUGCUUACCAUCAAAAGAAGAAGAAAUGCAUAUUCCUACUCCUAUUACUUGAAGCUAGCCAAGAAGCAGAAGGAGACUCAGACCAGCACGCAGAGGGAGAUGGGUCCUGUGGCUACUUCUGACAAGACCUCCACCAAACUCAGUGCUGUUCACAAUGAAGAAGCUUUUUCUUCCAGCUGCCAAGAUGUUAAUGGAUUCACAUCACCCUCUCCUUGUUCAUUUUCUGUCCAAAGCAAAACCCUUCAGAGCAAAUCUAUGUUGAAUUCCUACUACUCAGUUUCAUCAGACACCGUCCCAUCGACCACGCUGUUAGACAGCAGCCAUGGGGAGCUGGCCCAGCCCACGCUGACCAUCCAGACCCACCCGUACCGCAGCUGCGAGCCUGUGGAGAUGUCCUACCCCCGGGGACAGUUCCAGCCUGCCAUCCGAGUGGCAGACCUGCUGCAGCACAUCACCCAGAUGAAGAGGGGACAGGGCUAUGGCUUCAAGGAGGAGUAUGAGGCACUUCCCGAAGGGCAGACGGCGUCCUGGGAUACAGCCAAGGAAGAUGAGAACCGCAACAAGAACAGAUAUGGAAACAUAAUCUCCUAUGAUCACUCAAGAGUGAGACUGCAGCUGCUGGAUGGGGACCCUCACUCUGACUACAUCAACGCCAAUUACAUCGACGGGUACCAUCGGCCUCGCCAUUACAUUGCAACUCAAGGGCCGAUGCAAGAGACAGUGAAGGAUUUCUGGAGAAUGAUUUGGCAAGAAAACUCUGCAAGUGUUGUCAUGGUCACCAACCUGGUGGAAGUGGGCAGGGUGAAGUGUGUUCGAUACUGGCCAGAUGACACAGAAGUCUAUGGAGACAUUAAAGUCACAUUAAUUGAGACAGAGCCAUUGGCAGAGUAUGUCAUACGUACCUUCACUGUGCAAAAGAAAGGCUACCAUGAGAUCCGAGAGAUUCGGCAGUUCCACUUCACCAGCUGGCCGGACCACGGCGUGCCCUGCUACGCCACGGGGCUCCUGGGCUUCGUCCGCCAGGUGAAGUUCCUCAACCCCCCCGAGGCAGGACCCAUCGUGGUGCACUGCAGCGCUGGGGCCGGGAGGACAGGGUGCUUCAUUGCCAUUGACAUCAUGCUGGACAUGGCAGAGAACGAGGGCGUGGUGGAUAUAUUCAACUGCGUGCGAGAGCUGCGCUCCCAAAGGGUCAAUUUGGUGCAGACAGAGGAGCAGUACGUGUUUGUCCAUGAUGCCAUUUUGGAGGCAUGUCUCUGUGGCAACACAGCCAUUCCAGUCUGUGAGUUCAGAUCCAUAUAUUACAACAUCAGCAGACUGGAUCCACAGACCAAUUCCAGCCAGAUAAAAGAUGAGUUUCAGACCCUGAACAUCGUGACGCCGCGGGUGCGGCCGGAGGACUGCAGCAUCGGGCUGCUGCCCCGCAACCACGACAAGAACCGCUGCAUGGACGUGCUGCCCCUGGACCGCUGCCUGCCCUUCCUCAUCUCCGUGGAUGGGGAGUCCAGCAACUACAUCAAUGCUGCACUCAUGGAUAGCCACAAGCAGCCUGCUGCCUUCAUUGUCACCCAGCACCCCUUGCCCAACACCAUCACAGACUUCUGGAGGCUGGUGUUUGAUUACAACUGCUCCUCCGUGGUGAUGCUCAACGAGAUGGAUGCAGCACAGCUCUGCAUGCAGUACUGGCCAGAGAAGACAUCCUGUUGUUAUGGCCCAAUCCAGGUGGAGUUUGUUUCAGCAGACAUUGAUGAAGAUAUCAUCAACCGGAUAUUCCGGAUUUGCAACAUGGCCAGGCCGCAGGACGGGUACCGCAUCGUGCAGCACCUGCAGUACAUCGGCUGGCCGGCCUACAGGGACACCCCUCCCUCCAAGCGCUCCCUGCUGAAGGUGGUCAGGAGGCUGGAGAAGUGGCAGGAGCAGUACGACGGCAGAGACGGGCGCACUGUGGUCCACUGCUUGAACGGCGGAGGUCGCAGCGGCACCUUCUGUGCCAUCUGCAGUGUGUGCGAAAUGAUCCAACAGCAGAACAUCAUCGAUGUGUUCCACAUAGUGAAAACGCUACGGAAUAACAAGUCCAACAUGGUGGAGUCACUGGAACAGUAUAAAUUUGUAUACGAGGUUGCACUGGAAUACUUGAGUUCCUUUUAGCCCAGCGAAGGGAGGGGACCCCACGAUGUGCCAGACCCCAAACUCUGGCGGAUGCUUCUCCCCUGUCCCACACUGGAAGGCAGUAACAAGUGUGGGAAGGAAAAUUUCUCCUUCCUUCUCAGCAAGAGACUGAGGUUGCAGAGACCUCGCUGGAAGGAGGAGAUGAUGCCUGUGUGUGCUGCUGCCUGCUUUCUAUCGGAACAUCUACUGCUUCUUAAAUAACUUACUGUAAAAAUUAGCAACAUGGGAGACAGGCUGAAAGACUGGACUUUCUAAUCCCCUCUGACUUCUCUCCUCUUUUGGAUUGUGUUUUUGUUCUGCUUGCUGCAGAGUGGGGAAGGAAUGAAACCCUUAGGAAAUUCUCUUUUAAAUGUCUCCUUUUUAAUUUAUAAUUUUGUUC